CCAAAUUAAUAUUCAACCAUUUAUUUCACGGCACGAUAGGGGGCGAUCAAUAGAGGCUCGAUUGGGCAAGUGGUCAGGGAGGAACGGGAAGGGGGGAAAGGCGAGAGAGGAGGAGUGGGAGGCAGAGGAGGGAGAGGGAGUAGAGCGACAGGCCAUGGCGGACGGCAGUGUGAGUCGAUACCUUGUUUGACUCGUAUCUUCAUCCCGAUGACCACUCCGAGGCCCCUAGGAUGCCGACUUUCCUCCUUCUACUCCUUGGACUAGCGGCGGGAUGGGUCCGGGCCCUGGGAAGUAGUCGCGAGGGGGUUCCUGCAGUGGUCGCCCUGCCUCUUAAAAACGAGGGCGCGGGGGUGGGCGACCCCUGCGUGGAAGGUCACUGCGGCCCCGGAACCCACACUAUUUGCAACAACAAGACCAAGACCUGCAUGUGUGAUUCCUACCACCCCGUGACCAUUAGCUCCCAGCUGUGUGCCAAAGGGGCUUUGUUGGGAGCACCUUGUUUCCACCAUGACCAGUGCCAAUACUACGACGUCAAUUCCCUGUGCCAGGAGGGCAGCAGCUCCAAGUGCCAGUGUCAGGACAAGUUUGAACUCAGAUCUAUCGAGGGCCUCAGCAUCCCCAAAGUCUGCUUCCCUGAUCUGGAGUCCCUAAAGGCGGACGUCCCCACGCUACUCGGCCUUGGUCUGGCGCUCUCCAUGCUGUCUGCCCUCAUCUGUUUGGUGCUCAAGAUUUUCGCACGAGCUCGCUUCGCCCGCCCCCGCCGCUACGCCGACGCGCGCAUCAACCCCCCGCUUACUGUAUCGGAGACCUACGCCGCCUUCGCCCUCGCCGCCAACGCUUCCAGCAGUAGCAGCCCAGCGCGCGGCCGCCAGCCCUCUAUUCGCUCAACUAAGUCAGCCUCAUCCUCGAGAAGACCUUCCUACAGCUCCCUGCACAGUGUUCGUCCUGGCACUCGUCGUUCCUCCCAGGCGUCCCUUCGUCUGGUGGUAGGGGAAGGGCGUGGUGAGCCCAUUGGCUACUACGUCUGCAUAAGGGAUCCCGCCACCGUGCACUCCAGAGGAGGGUCAAGGAGGCCGUCUCAAAGCUCCAUGGCCUCAAGCUCCGGGGACCUGCGUGAGGGGAGGAUGCACCACUACCUGUACCUGCGUGCGCCCAACUACUCGCUUACCUCGGAGACCAACACCACCACCACCGGGACCUCGGACUCCUCCCCUAGAACGCCCAAAAGCGCCGAGCAACUCCUGGCAGUGUACUCGGUGCCUGAGCACUCGGUCUUGGAGCUCGGUGGCGUCGGCUCCUCUCACACGACCUCCACGCUUGGCUCCUCUAGUGACGACGUGUUCAAGGAGGAGGACGAAGACGAAGAAGAGGAGGAGGAGGAGCGCCAGCAACGAGGGGAGGAAGAGGAGGAGGAAGAGGAAGAGGGCGAGGGACCGCAACAGCAACAGCAGGAAGAGGAAGCCAAAGCCAGACUUAUCGUUUGAACGCCGCUUCAGACGUUACCGCCGCCGCCGCCACCGCCAGCGCCGCCGUCAGUGUGAAGAAAAAGAAGGGGAGAAGGAGGGGAGAGAAAGAGGAAUUGAAGAAACUGUCAAGAGGAAGAAACUGCUGCGCUAUGAAACUACUGUAAGAGCAAACGUUAACUUGUAUUCAGGCGUUCGUAUUUUCUUCUCUAUUUUCUUAAACUGCCAUCAUGUACAGAGAGAGAGAGAGAGAGAGACGCUAGGACGGAUGUAUAAAAAAAGAAUAGUGAAAAGGGAAUGAAUGUAAGUGGAGAUUGAAGACAGUGUUACCAAUGCACGUACUAAACUUUUCUACUCCGGGUUUUGUAUACGAGAAAAGAGAGAACACAGUAGGGAGACACUUGCACCCAGGGAGAGAGAGAGAGAGAGAGUAUCCGUUUGUUUUCCGUAACUCACUCGACAAAUCCAUGGCUUUCUCGUUGCUCGCCUUCGUUAUGGGCGGCAAAGAAAGAGAGAAACAAAAAAGCAUCGCCGUCGCUUCUACCGUCGUCAUCGUUGUUUUUUUUUUUUUAAUCCGCAAGAGAGUUUAAACGAGACAAAAAAAGGAAAUACUCUUUAAUAUCGACGAGAGGUACUUAUUGAAGACCAACCAAGUCAACGAUCUACACGUCAGCCACUUGAACGAUCACCGCCUGCCUAUAGACGCGUAUUUCUCCUUAAUUAAAAGUGACGGCCAUAUUAGAACGUUGCGGUGGUGGUGGUGGUGGCGGGCGACGCAGAGAGAGAGAGAGAAAACACCCGUAAAUCACUGGGCCUCUCUGUAUCCCACAUCCAUAACCGAAUCAAACUCUUGCCACAGAAAUAAUCAAACUGAAGCAAGGUAUAAAUGAUUAAGAACGUUGCCUUUUUAUUCAAGUUUACGAAGAGAGCGAGAGCGUGCGUAACUGAAGGUUCUUUUUAUACAUGUGCCAAUGAAGUGCGCAGAAACAGCAGAUACAGACGUUUUUGCAGCCUUUAUUUUUUUGGUGUGUGUAUGUUUAAGGUUGAAUAAUACCCAAACCUACUCAUAUUUUUUCGACGACAGUGAAUCAAAAGAGAAUACUAAUGAUACAGACACGAGGUAGUUCACGUAUUGCCGUAUUGCGUGAAACUGUCAUUUUAUAUUGGUUUGCAUAUAUGGGUUUUCUUUUACACCAAGGCAGGCAGCUAUAGGGCAAAAUACAGAAACCCGAACGAGAAAAGCCCGCUAUAUGCUGCCCUACGAUAGAUAAAAGAACGGAGAGAGGUCAGUAUCGGGUGGAGAGGUGUCCUGAUACUCUCCUCUCUAAAAAUCGCAAACUGAGAGGUCCAUAUAACUAGCGGACUCCAUAUUUCCGGCGUGCUAGACUCCUUCAUAUAGCCUAAGAAAACGAAGAGAGGUCAGUAUCGGGUGGAGAGGUGUCCUGAUACUCUCCUCUUUAAAAAUCGCAAACUGAGAGGCCUAUAAAACUAGCGGACUGCAUAUUUCCGGCGUGCUAGACUCCUUCAUAUAGCCUAAGAAAACAAAGAGAGGUCAGUAUCGGGUGGAGAGGUGUCCUGAUACUCUCCUCUCUAAAAAUCGCAAACUGAGAGGCCUAUAAUACUAGCGGACUGCAUAUUUCCGGCGUACUAGACUCCUUCAUAUAGCCUAGGUCCAAUGCUGCUCCUACGAUAGAUAAAAGAACGAAGAGAGGUCAGUAUCGGGUGGAGAGGUGUCUAGAUACUCCUCUCACUAAAUAUCGCAAACUGAGAGGCCCAUAAAACUAGCGGACUCCAUAUUUCCGGCGUGCUAGACUCCUUCAUAUAGCCUAGGACCCAAACAGUCUGUCUGUCUCGCACCUCUUCUUCCUCUCAUAUCCUUCAUCUCUUUCUUUCUCUUCUCCUCCAUCCGAUUAGAGUAACUUACAAGCUCUCUUUAUGUUUCUUAUAGUCUCUCUCUCUCUCUCUCUCUCUCUCUCUCUCUCUCUCUCUCUCUCUCUCUCUCUCUCUCUCUCUCUCUCUCUCUCUCUCUCUCUCUCUCUCUCUCGUAUACUCAUUUACUCCCUUUUUCCCCAAUUACACGUUUAUUUUUUAUCGUCUCUUCCUUCCAAUCCCCAACUCUCCCUUUGACCUCCCUGCAAUGAUAGCCUACCCCUCUUUUACGUCUCCUCCUUACCCCCCCCCCCGUCCCCCCUGCUCCCCUCCUCCCCUUUACGCUACCUCAUCAUCCUUACCAACAUAACUUUUUUCCUCCUUCCUCUUCUCAUUACUUCUUUCCUCUUUACGUUAAUUAUUUCCUCCUUCCUCUUCACAUUACUUCUUUCCUCUUUACGUUAAUUCUUUCCUCCUUCCUCUUCACAUUACUUCUUUCCUCUUUACGUUAAUUCUUUCCUUCUUCCUCUUCACAUUACUUCUUUCCUCUUUACGUUAAUUCUUUCCUCCUUCUUCUCAUUACUUCUUUCCUCUUUACGUUAAUUCUUUCCUCUUCCUCUUCACAUUACUUCUUUCCUCUUUACGUUAAUUCUUUCCUUCUUCCUCUUUACGUUAAUUCUUUCCUCUUCCUCUUCACAUUACUUCUUUCCUCUUUACGUUAAUUCUUUCCUUCUUCCUCUUCACAUUACUUCUUUCCUCUUUACGUUAAUUCUUUCCUUCUUCCUCUUCACAUUACUUCUUUCCUCUUUACGUUAAUUCUUUCCUCCUUCUUCUCAUUACUUCUUUCCUCUUUACGUUAAUUCUUUCCUCCUUCCUCUUCACAUUACUUCUUUUCUCUUUACGUUCAUUCUUUCCUCCUUCCUCUUUACGUUAAUUCUUUCCUUCUUCCUCUUCUCAUUACUUCUUUCCUCUUUACGUUCAUUCUUUCCUCCUUCCUCUUUACGUUAAUUCUUUCCUUCUUCCUCUUCUCAUUACUUCUUUCCUCUUUACGUUAAUUCUUUCCUUCUUCCUCUUCUCAUUACUUCUUUCCUCUUUACGUUAAUUCUUUCCUCCUUCCUCUUUACGUUAAUUCUUUCCUUCUUCCUCUUCUCAUUACUUCUUUCCUCUUUACGUUAAUUCUUUCCUUCUUCCUCUUCUCAUUACUUCUUUCCUCUUUACGUUAAUUCUUUCCUCCUUCCUCUUCUCAUUACUUCUUUCCUCUUUACGUUAAUUCUUUCCUCCUUCCUCUUUACGUUAAUUCUUUCCUCCUUCCUCUUUACGUUAAUUCUUUCCUCCUUCCUCUUCUCAUUACUUCUUUCCUCUUUACGUUAAUUCUUUCCUUCUUCCUCUUCUCAUUACUUCUUUCCUCUUUACGUUAAUUCUUUCCUUCUUCCUCUUCUCAUUACUUCUUUUCUCUUUACGUUAAUUCUUUCCUCCUUCCUCUUUACGUUAAUUCUUUCCUCCUUCCUCUUUACGUUAAUUCUUUCCUCUUUACGUUAAUUUUUUCCUCCUUCCUCUUCUCAUUACUUCUUUCCUCUUUACGUUAAUUCUUUCCUCUUUACGUUAAUUCUUUCCUCCUUCCUCUUUACGUUAAUUUUUUCCUCUUUACGUUAAUUUUUUCCUCCUUCC